CAUGAAAGAUUUUCAAAUUGCUUUCGAUUGGGAUUAAUCAGUCGCGCGGCAAGAAAUCGCAUGUACGCGUCUAUUAUUAUGAUAUUAGUCCUCCAUGUGUUGUAUUGUGACGUCAGGAAGCAUAAUGUUCCCUAUUCCCAUGUGCGAAGUAAAAGACGCACGUGUAUCUCUGCCAUGUUUUUUUCAGAUAAUCAACAAAUCAAGUACUAUAAUAAGUAUCAUUGAAACGUUUCACUUAAUUAAACGGUUAUAUAAAACUUUUAUUUUUGAGAAAACAUAUUAAUAUAAUUUCUACGUCUUAUUACAAUGGACGAAUACGAUUUACGAGAUGUACAUCCUUGUAUGAGGGGAAUGUUUCACAAGCUGAGUAUAAGCGAAAGAAUGACAUUACGACCAAUCUCAAAUAAAGAAAAUAUCAUUGGUUUAAAUUUGGCAGAUUGCUACUACACAUAUGCUUUCAAAAUACGCAUUCCGUAUGCUAUUUCCAAAAUAUUAAAAUGGGAUAUCAUUUUCAAUCCUCACGAUUUAACAUUCGCUCCAGAUUUUUAUUUCAAUGAUAAAUAUUUCGAUGAAUUUUUACAGAAAUUUCAUGCAGACGAUUUGUAUGAAUAUGUUCCAGAUUGGUUUAAUUGGAAUGUAAACAAUAGUGAAUCAUUGAAAUCAGUUGUCGGAGGUUUCAUACUAUUGUACAAAGAGUUUCAGGAGGAUAAAAUUCGUAUGGCGAAAUCCUUUCUUUUAGAAGAGUAUCGUUCAAUUGCUUCUUUGGAAAAUUAUACAUCUGGUGAUACAGAACUCUAUGUAGAAGACGAUAGUGCCGAAUUUUUAAUAGCACUCCAUGUUCAGAUAUCUCAACUUCCAGCUUAUAUACAGCAAGAUGAUGGUGGGAUCUUUGCAUAUGACCAAAAAGAUUAUAUCCUCUUAGGCGUUCUUUUUCAUGAUUUAGAAGGCAAAAUCAAAACCGUUCAAUUGCAUCUUUCACUUAAUUUAGAUCAUUUCUUAGGAAAGAGAAAAAACAUUAAUAUUCCACCAUAUACAAAACCCAUUGCCCAGUAUAUUCCGUUUACAACAUCUUUACUUCAAAGAUAUAUUGAUAAUAUGACUCUUUUUCUUCAAUUUAAGAGACAAUUUAUUGCUUCGUUAGUUGCUCUGAAAUGGAAAUGCAUUUUGGAAUACGAUUCAUUCCAUUUUAAUUAUAUAGUACUCUUAUUUGAAGUAUAUGGCAUCUAUAUCCAUGUUAAGGUUCAAAUAGGAGACUUUUUCCCAUUUGAAGAAUCUCAAGUAAAAGUAAAAAUUGCUCAUCCUCUAGGUUCUAUAGAUCACCAAAUGAGUUUUGGUUUCAAACAAACUUCUCAAAGAACUCCUAAUGGAUUAGCUAUUAGUUUCUUAGAUCAGUUGAAGAUGUUCCUUUCCAAUAGUUUGAGAGCAGUUGCCAAUUGAAAUUUGUAUAAUGUUUAAAAUGAGUACAAUUUUUUUUCUAAUAAUGAGAAUAUUUAUUUAUACAUAAUAAAAUUUACCAUAUGCCAUUA